ACUAGUAUUUUGGUGUACGUAGGGACAUAUAUAAGUAGGUAAUUAGACGUUAAACUGUGAGUUCGCUUUUGCUUUAUCCUUAAAAAUAUAGCAAAAACAGAACAAAAAUACCAAUGAAAAGGCUGACAAACUAAAUGUCAAUCAAGGUAUUGCUGUAGUUUGUUAGCUAGCUUCCUAUUGAAACGGUAGCUGGCGGACUGGCGUAAAUAUCUUUAGUUCACGUUUAUAAACAAGACUAGCUAUGCUUCAGGAUUAUUCGGCAGAACAGAUGAGAAACAUCAUUUUAAGUGGCUUUAUUAAUGUUUGCUUAUGUAGAAACAUAUAAAUAUAAUAAAUUCCCAAAUAUUUUUGAUAUGUGUAAAAUAAAAACUAUGCUUAAUUUUUUUUAGUCCGUAUUAAAUUGUGCAACAUUAUCUGCCAAAUCGGAUAUUUUGUCAGCUGCCUAGCUAUUUUCUUAACUUUAAGUAUCGUUUUGGAUAACUAUUGUGGCUAAUCAUGUUGUUUUAUUGCAUAUGUUAUCGCUUGACAUUACAGUAUCAUCAUUUGACUAGUAAAAAGUUUAAAUUCUUAGUGACAUAUUUGGUGUUAUUAAUAUUAUGACGGUUAUUGAGACGCGUGAAGCCAUAUGCAGCUUGUGGAGAAUUUGCAGAGCAGACAGAUACCGUUCCACCACUUCUGGAUUAAUUUACAGAGGGAAGCACCUAAACUGACUUGUUCUGCAUAACCAACCUUUCUAUGGUGCUUCACACUGUUUCUUUUUCUAUUGCACAUUAGUGUUACUUUGCUGUCUCACUGAGCUGUAAGUAUUUCUAUAGUAUAUUAUUUUGUGUUCAGUUUCAUUAUUAUAGGCAAAUUAUUUGAAUGUAUUGAAUUUAAUUUUUGCAAAAUAUUCCAUUUGUGUUUAUGUUUAUGUUUAAUUGAUGUUGCAUAUGAAUACAUUGUGUUUGCACUGUUUUGUGUACAGCAUGAUAAUUUAAAUGAUGCCCUUGGAUAAAAUAACAAAUAUGUGUCAUUUUUUAAUGUCGUGCAUGAUGUGUGUUCCUUCCAUCCAUCUUCCAACUCCUUCUCCUGGUUAUGAUCUUGGGAGGCCUGGAGCCUUUUGGCAUUCAGUCUGGUUGGGACAUUUUUGUUUACAUAAUUUUUCAUUGGGAUGUGUACUUAAGGUGCAGUUAACGUUAAGCUAAUGUUUCCACUGAAUAGCAUGUUUUUGUGGAGUCCACAGCCAAUGUCCUGUGUUUCCUGGGAUAGAUGGAAAUCUUUAAAACACAUUGAUUCCAUUUUGAACACUUGACCUUUCAUCUGCUUAUUAAUGUGAUGUUGAGAGCAGUAUGUGAUAUACAGAUUCAGUAGAGUAUAUGUAAGUUAUAAACUUGUACUAAUGCAGCAUUCAUAUAUGUUAAUUGUCUUUAAGGAUGGACCUGAACUUCUGUCCAAAAAUGAUUGGUGGUUGUGAGGUUAAAGCAAAACAAGAAGUGCAGAUGAAGGACUGAAUGCAUAUGAAAAAUCAUCUUCAGCUGAUAUGGAAAAAAAGGAUAAUGGUUCUAUAGACACUGAAAGCCCCAUGGAGAACGGCCAGCCCCCUGAUCCUGCCCAGUGGGCCGUAGCGGAUGUCGUUAAUUAUUUCCGAAUGGCUGGUUUUGAGGAACAAGCAAGUGCGUUCCACGAUCAGGAGAUUGAUGGGAGAUCUUUGCUACUGAUGACACGGAAUGACGUCCUAACUGGAUUAACGAUAAAGUUGGGUCCGGCUCUGAAGAUCUAUGAGUAUCACGUAAAGCCCCUCCAGAAUCAGCACCUGAAACAUAGUGCACUAUGACCAAACCUCUGCUGAAGAAGUCAGUCGCACAGGAAGGAUGCAGGAUGAUAAUGUCUGGCCUGCGAAAUUUCUUUUCAAAAGCACAGUUCACUGCUUUUUUCCCCUUACAAGAAUAGGCUGGCUUAAUCUGGGGGCAGAUACGGGUUCAAGAUGCCGGCGCAAGGAAAGAUUGUAUUUGUCAUUAUUCUUUCUUGAUCUACAUUCUCACCUAGACUGAAUGAAGAUAUCAUAUUCCUACAUUGUUUUUUCAGUUGUUUUGGUCUCAGAUAAUUUCCUUUGUAUAUCUCUUCAGACCACCAAGUGAGAUCAUUUUAAUUAAACAAAAUGGAAAAUGUAUAGUGAGUUCUGUAAUAACUUGUGCAUUUAAUCACUGAACGUUCAUAUUGGAGGCUUAAACCUCCUAUUUUUGUAAAUAAUGCAUUCUUUUCAAUUAUUCAGAUUAUAAUAUUUAAAUAUGGUGUGUGUGAAUAUACAUAUCCAUAACAAUUUAUAAUCUAUUGAUUAUGGAUAUUGAUCUAUAUUAGUAAUUGCAAAAAUGUUUAAAACAAAAACUAGCAUUUCAUAAAUAUAAAACAUUUAACUAUGACUUACAGGCAUGUUGUUCUUACUGGUCAUUGACAAUGAAACAUUAUUCAUGGGUUACCCUCCCUCCCCCCUCCCCCCUCCCCCCGUUUGUUGUCUUUAAUUCUAAUUUGAGGCCACCUAACUCCACAGUGGUUAUGUCCUUUCCCUUCUCAAAAUAGAUGCUAUUUUGUACCAAGUAUAGUUCUCCCACCAAAGUGUUUUGUAUGAGGCAGAAGAAUAUUCUCUAUAUAGCUGCUCUAGUUCCACAGUAAAUGUUUAUCGAAAUAUAUUAUGCAAGGACUGUUGAUUCUAUGGGUAUAUCAAUCUGCAAAAUGUAAAGAAUAUUGCUAAAUAUUUGAGAAUCUGACUGAAGCCACUUAGGUCACAAUAUGGGUGCGUUUUGAUAGUUCAGAAUUUAGUUGGCUCCACAUUUGCUUUGUAGAAUAAUGUUCUUUCAGCGAACGUGUUGAUUUGGUAGUUAUUGUGUAUUGUUUUUUGGAUAUAUGAAACUAAUCUGUUAAUUACCGAUAACAUUAAUUUAUUCGAUUCCAUAUUAAAUUUCAUAGGUGUUUACA